GCCAAACGGUCAAGACGCGGAGCUCCGCUGAAAAAAUAAAACAAAAUACACCAGGAGAGGGCGAAGGGUAGGAAACUACAAAAUCGCAGCCCAAAUCGCGCUUCGUGGAAAAGCCAAAAAAGUUGGCUAAAAAAUAAUUGCAGAGGCCUGAGCCAAGUAGUAAACCCGAUACCAAAAAGCCAAAGUAAAAAGUGUUUAGAAAUGCCAGUUGGGCAAAUACGCCAAUUAUGGGCUCCCUGAGGCGAAAGAAGGAAAGAGACAGGGCAGCGCUGGCUCUUCCAUGUUGUUGUGUGUAAUGUGUGAAACGAUUUUCCUCCUCCAACAAUCUUUUUUUUUUUUGGCAACAUGCAAGGGGCAUGUAGAUACAGCCCAGAACAGGCCGAAAUAGAGCCACAGCUAGGGGUUCUUUAUUAAGUUGCCUACUGAAAUAAAUACCAAAAAUAAAGCAGAAACAGAAACAGUAGAAGAUGAGGGUUACACUUUGAGGCAAACCACCAAGGAAAUAAUAACCUUGAAGGCUUCUGGCCAAGGCUCUCCAAAACUCGCUGUUCGAGGGCUCGCGUACAACAUGGCGUAUGCUUGAUGCAAACAAAAUAAUACCAAAUACGAAAACAUGAGAGCAUGUGCAACAAAGUGUGCGUGCGCGUGUGUGCGGGGUGCCAAAUAAAGUAUUAAGCAAAUAAAUAAGCGUUUCGAGACGACUCCUCCACUCUACGCGAUUCCCGAUGACGCAUUCGAGAAGAGUAGGGCAGAAGGUUAAAUUACACAAAACGUCAAAUUCGCCACGUACGACCGUCGCUUCGGAGUCGCCAGUCCGAAAAUCCGUUUCGGUUCCGCUUUCGGACUCCUCGGUCGGGAUACGGAGUAUCCAGAUUAUAGGCGUGCAGCGAGCACAACCUACAGAGCACACAAUAUACCCAAAACUUUCCAACUACUUACUAAAAAAAAUAUGCAAAAAACACCAGAUUUGGAAAAAUAAAAUAAUACAAUAGGCAAGCCCUAAUUGCUGGAGGAAUAUCAAGAAGAAUAUUAUAAGGAUUUACUCGACCAGAAAAUGUGCCUAGCUCUCUGAGCGAGGGAGCAAACUUGGGGCAGAGAGAGAGAGAGAGAGCAGAGCACCCCCAAUCCCAAAUUCACCACGAUAAAAUACAACAAAGGAGCCAAGAAGAAGAAAAAAACAGAAAAAAAUACUUUCACUCUCGCCACAACGUGGCGGCGUCGAGAGGCAGGAAGCGCAUAGAGUGACAAACAGACAGACACACAGACAGACGGACGGCGCUGGAAAACUCAAAGGGAAAACUUUUUGCAUGCCACAAGCAGCAGGAGCGUCACAAUCAGCAUCAGCUGACUGCUGCAGGAAGCCUGGCAGCGGGACAACUGUGUUGCGGACAGGACGAGCAUCCUGUCCAGUUGCCAGCCACUCGAUAGAGGCCUCCAGCCUCCUCUGUCCGCAGGAUCCUCUCACCAACACACACACACACCGCGCCCAAGCAAACGGCACUUUUAAUGUAUCCUUAGAAUUCCAAACAGCUCCAGCAGUGUAAUGCGCCUUGGGGGCAGUGGCAUUCCAUACGACGGCGACCCCCUGACAAUGAGCGCAGCUGGCAACGACUAUGCCGAACUCUGUGAUCUUGGACCCUCGCGAUGGAGUGCCCGACCCUACGGAUACAAUGCGACCGCAGCGGCAGCCGCCGGCUUUGGCCUUGGGCCCUCUCUGGGCGGGACGCAGUCGUCGUCGAGCGUGCCGACGGGCGGAUCGGCGGGCCUCAGUGGUCACCACCUGCGCGGUAGUGGAGCGCCGGGUCCGAGCAGCUUCGAGGCGGAGGACAUUGGUCUGGCCUUCGGCAUGAUCAGUCCGCCGCCGGGCAGCGGACCCUACGGCGGAUCGUCGGCGGCAGCGGCGGCGGCGGCGGCAGCCGCAGGAUCACGCGUUGGCAACAGCACCAGUUCGCUGCGCGGUGCCGGCGGUCGAUCCGGACUCUAUUACUCGCCGCCGGGCACCUCCUACACGAUCAUCGAGCGCCCCCACUCGCCGCACUACUACUUCAACUCGGCGGGCGUGCCCACGAAGGGCGGUUCACUGCCGGGGCGUGGCAGCGCCUAUCUCAGCUCCUCACCCGCCAGCCACAUGGCCGCUGGAACGGCGGGCACCCUGCCCACCUCGACGGCGGCCAGCGGACGCUCGAUGGGCCAGCACGCCAGCAGCAAUGGCAACAAGAAGCGGCCCAUCUCGCCGGAGCAGGUGCUCCGCAUGUUCGGCGCCACCCAGUCGUCAUCAGUUCCUACGAGUAGCUACCACUACAGCAACGGCGGCACGCGGGAUCGGGAUCGCACCGGCAGGCGGAGCCCCGCCAGCAGUCCGCCCUCCACCACCCACCAGAUUUAUCGGGAUCGGGAGCGGGAAAGGGAUCGCAGUGUCCCUAAUAUCCACGAACUUACGACGCGAACCGUUUCCAUGUCGCGCGACCAGCAAAUCGAUCAUGGAUUCGGCAUUUGUGUCAAAGGAGGCAAAGACUCAGGCUUAGGCGUCUACAUCUCACGCAUCGAGGAAAAUUCGGUGGCCGAGCGCGCCGGUUUGCGACCCGGUGAUACAAUCCUAGAGGUGAACGGCACCCCCUUCACCUCAAUCAAUCACGAGGAGGCGCUGAAGAGAUGUGUGCAGAUAUUGAAAUCGUCACGUCAAAUCAGUAUGACGGUGCGAGCGCCGCCCACUCUGAACUCGACCGCCCCGCUCCACGGCUUCGGUCCGCCCUCCCGCGACCCCAUGUACGCGUCGAUGGCACCCCCCCUCCACCCGCAGAACCAGGCGGCAGCAGCGGCGGCGGCGGCGGCCUCCGGGGCGGGUCUGCCCUUCCGCCAGACCUGCUCCUGGAUGGACCGCCACGGACGACCCGCCUCCCCGCCCAUGGAGUACGGGGGCAGGCGCAGCGAGCGACGGGAUCGGAUACGUCGUGUGGAGCUGCUGAUCGAGCCCGGUCAAUCCCUCGGCCUGAUGAUCCGUGGCGGCGUGGAGUACGGCCUGGGUAUCUUCGUCACAGGCGUGGAUAAGGACAGUGUGGCGGAUCGUUCGGGACUAAUGAUCGGCGACGAGAUCCUCGAGGUCAACGGGCAGUCCUUUCUCGAUGUGACGCACGACGAGGCGGUGGGUCAACUGAAGUACCACAAGCGCAUGUCGCUGGUGAUACGGGACGUGGGCAAGGUGCCGCACUCCUGCACCUCCAUCGAGAUGGAGCCCUGGGAUGCCUACAGUCCAACGGGCACAAGAGCACGCCGAAAAGGUCAAAUUGCGACCAUGGUGGAGGAGAAGGCGCGCUCCCUGCUGCCCCGUCAUCACUUUGCAAGCCUUUCCUACUAUAUUGCCGAGUAUAGUGCGAAAGCAAUGACCAUAGAUGCCUUUGUUGCCGUCUUAUUAGAGAUGUUAGAUACGUACGAAAAGCACACGCUAGUGACGGAGAUACGGGAACUGGUGUUCCCCGAGGAUCGCACGCGAUACGAUGAGCUCGUCUAUCGCAGAGAACGCGAUCCUUAUAGCGUGGAUAGGCAUAGGCGUAAGGGAGACCCCGCCCGUGAUUUGCCGGUCACAGCCGACGAUUUGGAAAUAAUAGCCGCCACCGGACGGAGUCCUUCGUCGGACUCGGGCCUGGGCAUGACCGUAACGGAUAUACACAAACGACCCGCACUACAGUUGCCCCAUCGGCCCAUGUCGGCGGGACCCAUACUGCAUCGCUCACAGCCAGCAUCACAUUAUCAGACAGCCAGCAACCAGUCCUCAUCAUCAUUGUCGCCUCCACAACAGCAACAACAGCAGCAGCAACAUCUGAAACAGCAGCCACAUUAUCAACCCCAUCAUGCCUCAUUGCGUCAUCUAGGCGGAAUCGGAGGCAACGUGGGAUCUGGUCGUCAUCACCACUAUCCGUUGGGACCAAGUCAAUUGAAAUUCAAGCAGGCCAAAGACAAUCAGCAACAGGAAUACGGCUGUGAUGAGCACAGAACUCGCCGGGGUAGCGAAACCCUUUUGCCGGAAUACGAACCAGAUGCGGGCGGCUACUUAGAUGGACUGCGUUCACAUUUGGGUGGUUUAACACAACGUGUCAAAUCAUGGUAUUGGGGACGACCUCUAGAGUUGGCCACAAAACUCUCACGAAGUUUCGAUAUGAAGGAAGAAGGCGGCACAUUGCUGGGCGAUAAAGGUGUACGAAGGCAUCAGUCCAUGCAGCGUCUGUCAGCGGAGCAGAAUGGUGGUUCAACGACUGAACAAACACAUGAACACAAUCCAAACGUCGUACCUGAUCAUAGAGGCAACUUACACAUUACAGUUAAGAAAACCAAACCAAUUUUAGGUAUUGCUAUCGAAGGUGGUGCUAAUACAAAACACCCGCUCCCUAGGAUAAUCAAUAUCCAUGAAAAUGGUGCAGCAUUUGAAGCGGGCGGCCUAGAAGUCGGGCAACUCAUACUGGAGGUAGAUGGAACCAAGGUGGAAGGUCUACAUCAUCAGGAGGUUGCUCGACUUAUAGCCGAAUGCUUUGCUAAUCGUGAAAAGGCUGAAAUAACCUUCUUAGUUGUCGAAGCAAAAAAAUCAAAUUUGGAACCGAAGCCGACGGCGCUGAUAUUUUUAGAAGCCUAA